CGACGUCAGUCCGUUGCGUCAGUAAUAACAAAUUUUUAUUUUUUUUUCCAAUUCUCCAAUACCGCAAUAAGAACAUACAUGCAUAUUAUGUACAUACAUCUGUCAAUACAAACAACGUAAAGCAAAUUAAUCGAAAGAAACUUAAGAAACGGUGCUUAUUGUAACUGCAAUAGCUAACAACAAUAACAAUUGCAGCCCACUCCGCCAAUAAGAAAAAGAACAAAAAAGAGGAGGAAGAAGCACGAAUAAAUCGGAGCAAAUCAAAAAGAAACAAAAACAAACAAAAAAUAAACAACAACCAAAAUUUUAACUGUAUACGUGUCGACCCAAAUCUGAGUGACUCCCUCCCUCUGUCUCCCUAUCUCUCUCUUUCUCUUUCUCGCUCGUUCGUUCGAUUGUACGGUCUCUUCGUGUGCGCUGUGUGUUUGCAAGUGUGUGUGUGUGCGCGUGUGUGUGUGUGUGUGUGUGUGUGAGUGUGUGUGUGGGUGUACGAGGCUGUGUUGUGAGACGCGGCUAUGUCACAGGGCGGCAUAGAGGAGCUACUGCAAGCUGCUCAAUUCAUUGAGCAGCAAGAGCAAAAGCUCAAGCGAUCACCGCUAGCAACGGACGGGCAUUUCAUCAGUGCUAAUAAUGGAUACAGCAGCAGCAGCAGCAGCAACAAUAACAACAACAGCGCAAGCCAACUCAACAGAAACAACACGCCAACAGCAGCAGCAGCAGCAUUAUCAACAUUAUCAACAACAACAGCAGCAUCAGCAGCAACAACAGCAGCAACAACAAUACCCGCCAACAUAAACGGCUAUAACGGGCUGACUAACGGCAUCGGUGCAUCAUCGGCAGCAGUGAUCCGUCUUAGCAACGGCCAUCGCAGCAGUCCACGCAGUCAAUUAAUCGUUACUCACGAUUAUGAGUACGCUGGCAGCGGCAGUGGCAGUGGCAGUGGCAGCGGCAGCAGCAGCAACGGCGGCGGAGCCGUCGUCGAGUUAGCAGCGGGUCGCAGCAGCGAAGGUCUCAGCAUUGUUUCGGAGGAUGAAAAUUCCUCCUCAAACUUCAACUCCAACUCCAACUCCUACUCCCAACCUCAACACCAACAACAACAACAACAACAUGUAGCGACAGGCAGAGCAACAACAAUAACAAGUCCAACAAGAAAAUUAACUGCCGCUGGCCGCUUUGAUGGCAACCCUUUUGUGCUGGUGCCAUCGGUUGCAACCCCGUUGCAACUCCAGUUGCCGAUUGCAAGCAGCACAAGCACAAGCAGCAGCAAUACGAUUACGCCCACUGUCACGCCCACGCCCACGCUCAAGCAUAAGCUGGUCGCUGGCGUUGGCAGCGCUGCCAGCGAGGCGGCACCGCGCAAGUAUUUCGUUGUGGCCGAUGCCAAAAACGGCAGCCCCAUUGUCCAAGCAGCCCCAGUUGCCGGAGGAGUCACGGUUGCAGCUACAGCUGCAACUGCAACUGGAGCUGGAGCUGGUAAUGGUAGUGGGGCCGUAGCCAGUGGUGGCUAUAAAAUCUCUGGCGAUGAACUUGCCGGCUUUCAGGCGCUGAGGCGCCAAACGCCCAAAUCACAAAUAACGCUUACACCGCCACCGAUGGCGCCGCGUCGCGUUAUCGAGCCGUAUGCCCGCAUCCGCUCCUAUUCAAUGUCCUCCCAUAAACUUCCAGCGCAAACGGGGCAGGCCCUGCUCCUCGGCGGUGGCGGAGGAUCGGAGGAUGCGCACAUGAGUUAUGUGGGCGUUGGUCGAGCCACCAAUGCGAAUACAACAAGCACAGGUGCCACUGGCACCGGAACGGGCACAAUAACAGCCACCUCGUACCGACAGAUUCUCAAUCCGCAGCACUACCAGCAUCAGGCAUCUGCCGCAUCCGUAUCCACCUCGGCGCCAGUGACGGGAUCUCAGCUGACCGGCCAUGGCGGUCGCAGGCGCACCAUCAGUUCCAAUAGCAAUGGGGCGGGCACACGCGAGGUGCACAACAAGCUGGAGAAGAAUCGGCGGGCGCAUCUCAAGGGCUGCUACGAGGUGCUGAAGAACGAGCUGAGGCUCAAGGAGGAGGAUCGCAAAAAGACAUCGAAUUUGACAAUACUCGAUAAGGCGCACCGACUUGUCAUUCAACUGUCCGCCACCGCCCAGAGUCAGGAGGCAGAACUGGAGGUGCAGGCCAAGCGAAAGAUUGAGCUGCAAAAGCGUCUCAACAGCCUCAAACGGCCCACGGAUCAGAGCAUUCCAUUCAUUGACAAAGAUGUCAAUGAAGCUGUCUGCCUGGCAACCACAUCAUCGUCUCUAUCAUCAUCGUCGUCGUCGCCAACGUUAUCGUCAUUCUCACCGUCGUCGUCCUCAUCGUUAUCUCCAUCACUAGCAGCAGCCCAGCCCAUUCUGUUUGAUGGCACCGCCACGCCCGUCAGCACCGCUGCUUUGCCAAGCGCUGUGGCAACAACGGCCAUGUCACCUGUGAUAAAUAAGAGCAACGCGAACAACAGCAGCAAACACAACAGCAACAGCAGCAACAGCAACAACAACAACAACAACAGCAGCAUCAGCAACAACAACAACAACAACAGCAGCAACAUCAACAGCAACAAAAAUGUUUCUUCUGCUGCCAUCAGUUUUGCACAGAAUGCGAAUCUGCAUUUGAAUCCCGCCGCCGCUGCAGCCGCUGCUGCAAUGGGCCUGCUCAAGGGCAGCAAUCCCAACAGCAGCAAGUUUAGCAACAACAACAACAACAACAGCAACAACAAUGUUACCUCCGCUGCCGUCAGCUUCGCACAGAAUCCGAAUCAUAAUCAAAAUGCAUUAGUGAAUCCCGCCGCCGCCGCCGCUGCUGCGGCUGUUGUUGCUGUUGCAAUAAAUCCAUUGAAGACAAAAUGCAGCAGCAACAACAACAGCAACAAUAGCUCACCGAUAGCCUCAUCGAUGUCGCCGCACAUCAGCCCGGCGGGCAGUCCAAUUGUGGCUGGGGCAACGCUGACAACAAGCGUAUCGCCAACACCGUCGACGCCGUCGCCGUCGCCGAGCUCCUCGUCGAGCGGUGUUUCAUCGUCGGCCUCGUUCAUUGGCUCCUCGUCGUCAUCAUCGUCAUCGUCGUCCUCGUCGUCAUCAUCAUCGUCGUCGUCGUCCAGCUCAUCAUCCGCCUCGUCACUGUCAUCAUCAUCGUCGACAGCGGCGACGGCAGCGGGCUCCUCGCCGCCAAUGGCGGCGACACAGAAACAUCUGCUGGCUGCCACACGCAACGCCAACAACAACAACAAUAAGUUCCAUGGCGGCGCCGGCGUUGGCGCCACAAAUGUGACUGCAACAGCGGCCAAUACGGCAGCAGCAGCCGCAGCAGCAACAGCAAUUGCCGCUGUCAAUGCCCAUUCAGCUGGUUUCCAUCAGGCGGACAAGGAUCACAAUUACAAAUUCUUGCUACGCAGCGGCACUGCGGCACAGUAAGAGGCAACAAUAACAAUAAACAAUAACUAUAAACAUAAACAUAAACAUAAACA